GCCAGGUCCCCGGCGGAGACCUAGGCGGCGCCUGCGCUCUGCAGCCAAAGAACCACCAGUGGUUCUUAACUCGGCACCGAAGAUGGCGGAUCGCGCUUUCGCUGGCACAAACGGCAACACAUCCUUGCGGGGUCUUCGUGAACGGUUGGUUGCUGUAGCUCAAGAAAUUGCUGAAGAAAGACGACACAAAUGUGGUGUUAACUCCUUAACAACUCCGAAUAAAAGAUCAUCAUGUGCACCUGUUAUCAACGGAUCUGUUCUGAAAAAUGAUGUAAAACAACAAUUAGCCAAGGAACGCAGAGAGGAAAGAAAACGACAGCAAGAGGCCAACAAGGAAAAACAACUGCUUGAAAAGGAAAGAAAGGCUAAACUACAGUACGAAAGACAGUCGGAAGAAAAACAACGCAAACUGAAAGAACAGAAGGAGAAGGAUGAGCGUCGGAGAAUAUCUGCAGAGGAGAAAAGAAAACAGAAGUUGGCUGAAGACAAGGAAAAAUUUAAAGCUGUUAUAUCUCGUACAAUGGAACGAUGUAACCGUGUUGAUCAACCACAAAAGAGAUUGUCCUGGGAAGGAUCUGGAAUGAAUACUGAACACAAAUCUGGAAAAACAGAAACUAAAAGAAGUUCAUCUUUGAACAGAAGAGAGAGCAAAUUACAUUCCAGUGUUAACCCAGAACACAUGGACAACACAGGCAUGAACAAAUAUGUCUUCCGUUACGUAACUGUGCCGAUGUUUAAUAGUGAUGAGUUGAAGGCUUCUGCCAUGUUCUGUAAAUCCACAGUAAAAAUGCCCAUUCCAGUAAAAUUGCAACUAACAACUCCAGAGAAAGUAGAAACCCCUCUCAAGGAAGAUGUAAAAGAACCAGUUGAGGUGAAUAUGCAAGUACCAGUCAAACUGAACAUGGAAAUACCGUCUAAGGCAAACGAGGAUGUGUUGUCCAAGGCAAAUGUGAAUGUACCACUCAAGAUGAACACGGAAGACACCGCUGAAGUUAAUGUGGAUGUUUCCCCCAAGGUGAAUAUUGGAGUUCCCAUUGAGGCUACCAUAGAAGGGCAUCCUAAGUCAAAUGUGGAAGAACUCCCCAUGGUGAGCAUGGAUGCCUCUCCAAGUGUUGGAUCAUACCCCAUUGUCAUCAUGGAGUCAUCCCCUAUUGAGAGUGUGGGAUCAUCCUCCUUAGUGAAUGUAGAAAUAUCUCCUGUGGUAAGCAUUGAUGCCUCACCUGAGGCAAGCAUAGAUACCUCACCAGAAUUAUGUAUGGACUCAGCAAGCUUGGAAAUGCCCUCAGAAGCAAACAUAGAAACACCCCUUAAAGCCAGCGGGAAAUUACAGCUUGAGGCAAGUGUGGAAGCACACCCUGAGGCAAAUGUUGAAGCAUCAGCCAAGAACCCAGAAAUGGACAAACAGACCUUAAAACUUACUACCAAGAAACAACUAUCAUCUAAUAUACCCUGUUACAAAUGGCCAUCAUCCCCCACACUUGGGUGGCAUCUACCUUCUCCCAUGAAGGCUAUGCAGAUGAAAAAGAACCGACCUCCAUCACCUCUACCAGUCUCAAGAAAAGUAUCGACACAGACUCCUAUGUCAUAUAAAAUAACACCCGUUCAAAGUAUCCUAUAUGUGCCAAAUUCAUUAGGUGUUAACAAGAUGAGUGAGACGGUAUGCCAAAAGUAUAUCACCAAUCCAGAGUUGAGUAAUAGAAGCAUGCCACACAGUGAUGCAGCCUUGAAAAUUCCAGCAGAGAUACACCAACCUGCUUAUGAACAAAACAACCAAAUGGAAAAAGACAGAUGCACCAAAGAAAAGGAACAAAGUGUUACUGAGCAAGUGGAUGCUAUGGCAGAUAAAACGGGUGAAGUCCCUGCUGAAGAACUGUCACCAUACAAAGAUGAGCUGCAAGAAAAAGAUCUGACAAAGAAAAGGUGCCGUCUACCUUCUCCCAUGAAGGCUAUAUCAUCCCCCGCACUUGGGUGGCAUCUACCUUCUCCCAUGAAGGCUAUGCAGAUGAAAAAGAACCGACCUCCAUCACCUCUACCAGUCUCAAGAAAAGUAUCGACACAGACUCCUAUGUCAUAUAAAAUAACACCCAUUCAAAGUAUCCUAUAUGUGCCAAAUUCAUUAGGUGUUAACAAAAUGAGUGAGACUGUAUGCCAAAAGUAUAUCACCAAUCCAGAGUUGAGUAAUAGAAGCAUGCCACACAGUGACGCAGCCUUGAAAAUUCCAGCAGAGAUACACCAACCUGCUUAUGAACAAAACAACCAAAUGGAAAAAGACAGAUGCACCAAAGAAAAGGAACAAAGUGUUACUGAGCAAGUGGAUGCUAUGGCAGAUAAAACGGGUGAAGUCCCUGCUGAAGAACUGUCACCAUACAAAGAUGAGCUGCAAGAAAAAGAUCUGACAAAGAAAACCGGUUGUGAACAGUCAGAAGACCUGAAAGACCAGUUACAGAAAGGAGACGCCACAUCAAAGUGUCAGGGCAAUGCUGAAAUGCGCAAGAAGGAACAUGAGAGAAUUAUGUUACGAAAUUUGCAAGAAAGAUUAGAACGUAGAAAGAGAGUUGAGGAAAUAAUGAAGCGGACAAGAAAGACAGAUGCGAAUGCCUCAAAGGCUCUAGAAAUAUCUAAGAAUGCCACAUCUGAAGAGGACGAGGCUGAUGAUGAAGAAGAGACAGAAAGUGAUGAGGGCUCUGUUGAUGAGCUGUUCCCAUCAGGCAUCAGAAAUUCAUCUACCAAGAUAAGAAAGUUUCAUAAAAAUGCCAAGAAAAGACCUCAAAAGCUAGUGUUUUUGCAAGCAGAAACUGGUGAGGUCGAUACAGAGAAGAUAGUAUAUUUUAAUGGCAAUGUGAAAGCUGCCAGACCAAAAGACCCAAAAGACUCUUCAACUCAAGUGAAAGGCAGCAAAAUACCUACCAGAAAGUCCUCUACCCGCAUCACAAGAAUGAGAAAAACAAAGGAAGCCAAUGCCACCAUCCUUCGAUCAUCUCUGAGUGAGGAAACAAAUCAGCAAUGGGUUUCUGACAGAACUGCAGACAUUAGUCACCACACUGAACACACUGAAUCACCUGUCACGAAGACCAUUCCUGAUAGUGACAAACACAAUUUGAAAGAGUCUGUGACAUCUCAGCAAGGUCCUCAGGUACCUUUGAACCAUAAGAAAAGAAGCAAGCCUGUUUCUUCUCCUUUGGGUAACGCCUUGUCACACCACUUCACUCAAAAGGCAACUGAUCUUAAACCUUUCCCUGUAUCCAGCUAUUUCAGGGCACCAUUUGGAGAAGACGACGACAGUGAUAUAUAAAGUUCGUGGGGCCUGGGAGUUUGGUGUAUCUUCCAUUGUACACUAAAACUCCCAAGGCCAUCACUCAAAAUUGUCUGCUUUGUACUUGAACCUGGCAAAUGAUCAUCCAAAAAAAAAGAAGGGAAAUAAAAAACGCAUCGACUGAUCACCAUGAUAUCUACUUCAGAUAAUGUUCAUAUCACCUUGUUCGCUUUUGAGAUUUCUAAGUAAAAAGGUUUUUGUUUUCCUUUAAAAAAA